AUUUUCUUUACGGUUUUCUUUUUCCGCCCUCCUCAUUGCCGUCACUGAAAAUGCAGAGGGAUGGAGGGCGACAUUGAAGAAUCCCUGAGAAAGAGACCCAAAAAAUACCUCUUUUCCGGCGACUCAUCUCGCAAGCAAUUUGAACAACUUGCUGGGCGGCCUUACUCAAUUAUGGGAGAAAAUUUUAUGCAAGAUGGUGAUAUUCAAUUGGAGACUACAAGAACUAGGUUUGCGAGUUUGCUAAAAAGGCAUGGAGACUUGACAGAACGUCUUUCUAGGGAUUCUGACAAGACAAUAUUUGAGCAUCUGCAGAUAGAUUUUGAAGUUGCACAGGCUUCCCAAACUGGAGCUGUAGAGGUAUGUUUAGAUGGAGAGCAGUGGAAUGAUGGUCUAUUAGCUACAUUGAGAGAACAAGUGCAUAUGGAGGCUGAAAGAAAGGCAAUGCCAGGGAAUACUAACAUAUCGCCAUGCCCUCAGGAAAAAAUCACUUAUAAAAUUGGAAACAAGGAGUGCCAAUUUCACCUUUUAACUCGGGGCAAAUUGUUGGUAAUUUGCGGUUUGGAAGGAGCAAGGAUAUGUAUACAAUAUCAGACAUCUUUUGCUGGAGAACCAUGUGAAGUGUACCAUUGUGUGCUGGAGAGCAAGUCAUUUCUUGAAAAGAUGACCGUCCUUGAACACACUAUUCCAUUUUUUCUGCCGUUGCGUGAAGCAGAAAAAGGGUUACUUUCAUUGAAUGCAAUGAAAUUCAUAGAUCAUGUUGGAGAUCUUUUGCAGGCGUAUGUGGAUAGACGGGAACAGGUACGACUCAUAAAGGAACUUUAUGGAAAUCAAAUUGGAGAGUUGUAUCAUAGCCUUCCUUACCACAUGGUUGAAUUCGUGCUGGAUGAUUUUGACUGCAAGGUGACAGUCAGUCUUAGAUACGCAGAUCUCAUUUCGGUACUUCCUACAAGGGUUAGUGUGUUAGGAUGGCCGAUGCACCAGUCCAAGAAAACUACGACUGAUGCAGCACUCUUGGGCAGUUACCUUGCUCCGAUCCGCCUGGCUUAUGCAGAAGAUGCCUUACGAACCAUGAGUUUACCAGAAGCAUAUGCAGAGAUUGUGUUAAAUCUACCGCAAGCCCUUGAGCAGAUGAUUUAGCGAAGAGUUCCUUCCUAGAGCUUCCCAGGAAUCUGGAUUGGAUCUGUACAAAUCUGAUAACUGGCUGAAAUUACUCCAAAUGGAUGCAUCUAAUAUCAUUUGUUUGAGAGGGAUGUGUAGUGUCAUCCAUUUUUCCCUUUGUAUUUCACCUUAUAUUUGGCUUCAUAUUUGAAGGUCUCUUGACAUGAGAAGGGGGGAAUCACAAAUUUGAUGUGUGAUUAGGCCACUCUCCAUUACAUAUAAAUAUAGAAGCAGGGUUUCUUGCUCCCUUGCUCUCCCUCGUUACUGUA